UUUGUGUUUCGGAGGGCCGAGGACGGGCCGCUGGCGGGCUGGUGCGAGCUGUGCCUGGCGGAGCCCAGGAGGCCGGCGCGGUCCCCAGUUUGGUAACCUCAGCCUCUCGCCCCCGUAGGCGCUGCCAUGGCGCAGUUCGUGUUCGAGAGCGACUUGCACUCUCUGCUUCAGCUGGACGCGCCCAUCCCCAAUGCACCCGUUGCGCGCUGGCAACGCAAAGCAAAGGAAGCCUCGGGCCCAGCCCCCUCGCCCAUGCGGGCCGCUAACAGAUCACACAGCGCCGGCCGGACUCCGGGCCGAACUCCUGGCAAAUCCUGUUCCAAGGUUCAGACCACCCCUAGCAAGCCUGGAGGUGACCGCUAUAUCCCCCACCGCAGUGCUUCCCAAAUGGAGGUGGCCAGCUUCCUCUUAAGCAAAGAGAACCAGCCGGAUGAUGGGGAGACGCCCACCAAAAAGGAACAUCAGAAGGCCUGGGCUCUGAAUCUGAACGGUUUUGAUGUGGAGGAAGCCAAGAUCCUCAGGCUCAGUGGAAAACCUCAGAAUGCCCCAGAAGGCUACCAGAACAGACUGAAAGUCCUCUACAGCCAGAAAGCCACGCCUGGCUCCAGCCGGAAAACGUGCAGAUACAUCCCUUCCCUGCCAGACAGAAUUCUCGAUGCCCCCGAAAUCCGAAAUGACUACUACCUGAACCUCGUGGACUGGAGCUCUGGAAAUGUGUUGGCUGUGGCACUGGACAACAGUGUGUACUUAUGGAAUGCUGGUUCCGGUGACAUUCUGCAGCUACUGCAAAUGGAGCAGCCUGGGGACUACAUAUCCUCUGUGGCCUGGAUCAAAGAGGGCAACUACCUAGCUGUGGGCACCAGUAACGCUGAGGUGCAGCUGUGGGAUGUGCAACAGCAGAAACGACUUCGAAACAUGACCAGUCACACUGCUCGAGUAAGCUCCCUAAGCUGGAACAGCUAUAUCCUGUCCAGUGGUUCACGCUCAGGACACAUCCACCACCAUGAUGUUCGGGUGGCAGAACACCAUGUGGCUACACUGAGUGGCCACAGCCAAGAAGUCUGUGGGCUGCGCUGGGCCCCAGAUGGACGACAUCUGGCAAGUGGCGGCAAUGACAAUGUGGUCAAUGUGUGGCCUAGUGGUCCUGGAGAAAGUGGCUGGGCUCCCCUGCAAACAUUCACUCAACAUCAAGGUGCUGUCAAGGCUGUAGCAUGGUGUCCCUGGCAGUCCAAUAUUCUGGCAACAGGAGGAGGUACGAGUGACCGACACAUUCGCAUUUGGAACGUCUGCUCUGGGGCUUGUCUGAGUGCUGUGGAUGCCCAUUCCCAGGUGUGUUCCAUCCUUUGGUCUCCCCACUAUAAGGAACUUAUCUCGGGUCAUGGCUUUGCCCAAAACCAGCUGGUUAUUUGGAAAUACCCAACCAUGGCCAAGGUGGCUGAGCUCAAAGGUCACACAGCCCGGGUCCUGAGUCUUACCAUGAGUCCAGAUGGGGCCACAGUGGCAUCAGCAGCAGCUGAUGAGACUCUACGGCUAUGGCGUUGCUUUGAGUUGGACCCUGCCUUGCGGCGGGAGCGGGAAAAAGCCAGUGCAGCUAAAAGUAGCCUUAUCCACCAGGGCAUCCGUUGAAAACAAACCCAUUACCCCUCUUCUUGGUUUUUUGUUUAUUUUUUUCUAAUAAAGUUGU